AUGUCGAACUCGGAAGUCCCACAAACGCGGAACGCCUCGGCCCCCUCAUUCACAGCAGCGGGUUUUUCAACGGAACCACUCCCCGAUGCACCUGACUGGCAAAAACCGAAACAUGUUAAAAACAAAGGGAAAGUUGUCUUCGAUACAAAUUUUGGCAUUAUCAAAGCGGACAUACACUGCGAUUUGGUCCCUAUUCUUGCGGAAAAUUUCAUGCGACUUUCCGAAGAACAUUAUUACGACGGAACACUAUUUCACCGUGUUAUACCAAAGUUCAUGAUGCAAGGCGGAGAUCCUUCUGGGACAGGGAACGGCGGAAGGUCGUGUUGGGGUGUUGAACUGAAAGACGAAUUUUGUGGGAUGAAGCACGACUCUGUUGGGGUUAUUUCAAUGGCGAACCACGGAAAAGACACUAACGGCUCUCAAUUUUUUAUUACAUUCAAAGAACAGCCACAUCUUGACAGAGUUCACUCAGUUAUCGGCAAGGUGACUGAAGGGUUUGGAACACUCAAGAAGAUCGAAUCAGUUGAAGUUGACGAAAACGACCGACCGUUAAAAGACGUUGUGUUGCGAGACGUAAGUGUUGAAUACAAUCCAUUCACCAACACGGAGGGAGAAACAACAAAAAAACAAAAAGAAGAGGAACAAAAGCAAAAGGAGGAAGAGAGAAAAAAGGAUGUUCGGAUGUGGUUUACAAACCCUUCUGGCAUUGCGAAAAACCCACUUCGAGAUUCAAAGCAGAUUGGGAAGUAUCUCCCCGCGGCUAUCCAAGAGCGAAUUUUGCCAAAAAAGCCCACAAUUGAAUGA